AUGGAUGAUCUAGAGGAACUAAGGAGGCAGCUUCAGGAAGAAAGGCAACUUCGACAGGCUGCAGAGACGCUAGCGUCCGAGGAACGACGGGGGCGAGAGGCCGCAGAGACUCGAGCGUUCGAGGAACGACGGGGGCGAGAGGCCGCAGAGACUCGAGCGUUCGAGGAACGACGGGGGCGAGAGGCCGCAGAGACUCGAGCGUCCGAGGAACGACGGGGGCGAGAGGCUGCGGAGGCUGUUUCCGCCCCGACAGAUUUGCGUACAUAUAUCUGGAACUGCCAUGACUUAUCAUUAGCGAUCGACGUUGUUACUGAACCCACCGAGACUACAAAAGGAGAGACAGCAAAGGCAACCCGACGCUACUAUCCUUCACAAAUCAUUCCUUGGAAGGGGUUCACACGCCAGCAGUCUUCAAUUUGGGAAGUGUUUUAUAAACACUCUUCAUUCAUGUCAACAAAACAAUUUGCCAACUCCAAUCAGAUGGAUUAUAUUCGAGGGAUAAUUAAACCAAUCACGGCGGAGAUGGACCUUCGCUAUUAUGAGCGUGAUACUGUGGAGAACCAUGUACAGUCAGUGGUGGAGAAGGUCUACGAGGACAAUGUCUUGAGGCAGGAAUUCCAGAUGGUGGGGCCUGUGACAUUUGAAAGCCAUACCAAUCUUGGAGUGUCAAAUCAGCGGCCAACCUUGGAAGAUAAAAUGCAAGAACUGUCCCUUGGAUCCAACCAAACUGCUGGCAAAAUCAGAAAAGGCAAGGACAUUGCCAGAGAGGAUACACCACUUGUUGGCCAGGCGGAUAGGUUCUGUGUGUAUAGGCGAGGAGCAGAAGGAAAUAUCCCAGCAAUUGCCAUUGAAUACAAGGCACCACAUAAACUCACCUGUGAUGAGAUCAUCACUGGACUUUCUGGGGAGAUUCAGCCAGCUAGAGAUGUGAUCGGCAAGGAGGAAAAUACUUCUGAAUUUUAUUCAAUGCGUCUAGUCACUGUUGUGAUCACCCAGCUCUUCUCAUACAUGAUUGGCAAGAACCUGCAAUAUGGCUAUGUGUGUACGGGGGAGGCUUUUAUUUUUCUUCACAUUCCAGAGGAUCCCUCUAUCGCUGAAUAUGCCUUGUGCGUCCCAAAUCAGAAUGUCCAGGCAGGAUGUGAAGAAGAUCUUGAGAGUACUGCAGUCGCACGAGUAGUUUCAUUUACCCUACAGGCACUCGCCAGCACAUCUCCAUCUCAGAAAUGGCGCAACACCUCGAAAGAACUUGGAAUUUGGCCCGUUGAGUACGAACAGAUCCUUGAGCAGACCCCGCGUGAAAAACGACUGAAAGGUCGCAAAGCUCUCUCCCCAAUUUACCGUGGCAGGAAGCCUGACGUCCCUCCGUUCCGGAUGACACUACGUUCAUGCCGGCCAACGGAAAAUCGGCCAAAUAGAUCUCCAACUCCACCGCCUCCGGAUUCCCCUUCUCCCGCAUCAAGAGCUCGCGGAAGGGGUUCCGCCAGCCUGCCGACUCAAACCCGAGGUGCAAACUCCAACCGUCGUGGGGGCCGAGGCCGCGGCGGACGUGGUGGUGCCAAACAAAGUACAAGUUCUACGAUUAACAUACGAGAUCGCCCAUACUGUUCUCAGAAAUGCCUUCUUGGUUUAAGGGAUGGAAGCUAUCGCGACCCACUGUGCCCAAAUUUCAAGGACCAUUGUGGAAAACCCAUUCCCUCUCGCGAUUUUCGAAAACUUGUCCGAACGCAGCUUGCCAUUGAUCUCGGCAAUGAUGCUGACUGCUACCCACUCCACAGGUCUGGAAGUUAUGGCACCCUUUUCAAAAUACGCCUCUCUUCCCAUGGGUUCACAUUUGUAGCCAAGGGAGCGUGUUAUGAGAAUUGGAAGCUCUUACUGCAUGAACAAAAGGUGUAUCAGAAGCUGCGUAACAUUCAGGGUGAUCAUGUCCCAGUAUGUUUGGGUGCCAUAACAUUGGAUAAAAAGUGUCCAUACUACUUUCAGGAAGGUAUAUAUACUCACAUGAUCCUUCUAAGCUGGGCAGGGGCGCCCAUUACUAGAAGACUCACAGCCGAGCCACAGAUGCACAUGAUGAUUCGGCGCUCCCUUCAGGCAAUUCACAAUCAAGGUGUUCUUCAUGGGGAUGCUGAACCGCGGAAUAUUUUGUGGAAUGACCAGUGUCAUCGCCCGAUGAUAGUUGAUUUCGGACGAUCAUCCUUCAAGGAGCCUCUGGGCACAAUCAGCCCAAAUACCAUGCGCAAGAACCCCAAAGACCCGAAGAACAAAGAUCCUUUUAUUUUAGAACAGCAAACCAUGCAACAUGGCCUUGAGAGUGUUGGUAUACUAGAGAAUGAGAUUCGGCUGCCAAGACACUAUCAAGAUUGGGUACUAGGAGUAUGA